AUGGCCCUUCCUAGCUCACACACGCCUCGGAACAGCUCGCCUCGACCAGAUCCACGACAGGACCCGGCCGUAUCGCAGCUCAUUCAAGCAAAGGGCUACAAUCCCACGUCGAUCGACCUCAAUCCGGCAAACACACGCUUCUUCGUCAUCAAAUCUUACACCGAGGACGACGUUCAGCGCAGCUUGAAGUACGAAAUUUGGGCGAGCACAGAGAAGGGAAAUGCAAGGCUGGACAAGGCAUUUCGCGAAAGCAUCGAAGGCAAGGAGGAAUCGCAGCGGGGACGAAUCCUCCUUUUUUUCUCCGUCAAUGCCAGUGGCCACUUUUGCGGCAUGGCUGAGAUGCUCACGCCACUUGACUAUUCGUCAUCGUCCAACAUCUGGGCGCAGGAGGGCAAAUGGAAGGGCACAUUCAAGGUCAAGUGGAUCUUUGUCAAGGAUGUGCCCAACAAUCGCAUGAGGCACAUCCGGCUCACGAACACGCCAGAGUGCAAGCCCGUGACGCAGAGUCGCGACACGCAGGAGCUCCCGCAGGAGGCCGGCAAGGAGGUCAUGAAGAUCAUGGCAGAGUAUACGAGCUCCACCUCACUCCUCCAAGACUGGCUCUUUUACGAGGAGCAGGCCGCAGCUCGUCGUCAACAAGAAGUCGGAGGCUAG